GAAGCACAAGGCCCUGUGCUUUCGGUGGUUCCGCAACAGUGGGUGAAAAGUGACGGGUUGUUGUGGCCAAACAAAAAUGCUGCAUCGCUUUCGAAAGACGCCUCAUCGAAGCCAGCAGCUUCAUGGACAAAAUUUCCCUGCAUCGUAAAGAAAAGGAAUAUUCCCUCCUACGAGCAGGCCCAGCAGGAAGCAGCGGACCUUUCAGGGCAAUCGACUGAUACUUCCGAUUUUGCAUCUCGGAAGAAGCAAAAAAAAAAACAAAAGCGUGAAGCCACAACGGGAUAUGAUUUUAAUCAUAUGUUAAGUCAAGCAGAUCCGUCCAUUGCUAAUCAGUCGCAAUCCGUGAUCAACAAAAACCAGCCGAUGGUUCCAAAGCCUCUUUCUGUAGUAUCGCGAAUAGUACCCGGCAAGACAUCACAACGACCACUCCAGCAGAAUCCUGUCGAGCAAGAACAGCUGCAGAUCAUCACAUCUGUAAUUCCAGUCGGAUCCAGCAUUCCAGUCGCUUCUUCUAUUACGGUUGCCGAAGUUGGCAACAUGCAACAAGUAAUCGAUCAAUCUGAGGUGUCCCUGCUCAGCGGAUCAGAGGUUGCCGUUUUGUUGGAAAAUGCUCAAGAAAUAGGACAGAACACGCCAGCUUCACAUGAGGAAAUCAGCUACCAUGCUGAAUAUAUGGCUAAUGAAGGACAGCUACCGAUCGGAAACUUGGAAAACAAUAUCAUCCAAGUGAUCUCAGAGAAAAUCGAGAAGGCGAGUGAUUGUAUUAUCCAUGCCAUUACAAGUAAAAUUGAGGCAUCUCUCGCCAAAUCUGUUGCGGCAAUAAAAAGCGACUUUGAUCUGAAGAUGCAAGCAGCCCUGCGUGUCCGACACGAAAAUACAGAAAUGGAUCCGAAAUUCAAAUUUUCGCCGGUAGCAACUGCAGAAGAAAUCAGGCAACUGGAAACGGAUUUGGCUGAUGAAUCCAAUCAGAACAAACUUAUAAAUUACAUGCGGAAAAUCAUUGGCCCGAACGGAGACACUUGUAACGGUCAAAACAUGUCUUACUUACUCGUGGAUUGCUUGUUCGAACGACAAGUUCUGAUUAAUUGCUCCUGGAGUGGAGGAAGCAAAUCGAAUCUUCCAAAAUUUGCAAUGAAAGAUUGCAAAAAUAUAUUGGAUGUGUUCUUUACAAUUGUCCACAACGUAAAUCCUACAUUUUCGGUAAAAUUACUGGAGGACUUUUUCAAACAGAUUUUGCGAAACGCAAAAACUCGCUGUCAAGCAAAGGGAUUGCGACAAUCUACAAUCCAUCGACGGGUAAAAAAAGGAAAAAAGCAUGCUCGAGAUGAAAAUCUUGACUACCGUGAUGAUCAUAUUUCAACACAUGGAUUGAAGCACGAGUCUAUCGACCUUGAUGUUUCCGACAAUCAAGACCAGGAUGAAUCAGAGGUGGACAUUGAUGAUGAAAACGACAAAGAAAACAUCAUGGAAGACGAAGACAGCUUCGAUGAAUGAUUGAUAGCGCUUUUUGAUCUUCGGCUAUUAAAACUUAACUCUAUUUAUGUGACCUAAUCUUCCAUUGUUAUGUGAAUUGACGGAAACAAUUUUUCAUUUAGUUUCUUGUAUUUUUUAUAUCUAUCUUUAUUAAACCAUACUGAAUAUCAAUCUA